CGCCCUUCAUCCCACCACUCUUUCCACCUCAGAUCCGCUUCUAACUCCCCCUCCGCCGCCUCCUCCCCGACCCUCCAUCUCGAUCUCCCAUCACCUCGCUCUCGCGCUGCACCUCCGGCUCCCGUCACCGCCGCUCCUUCCGUCCCCACCCUGCCCCCUUCCACGCUCCAUCAGAUCUGGUGGCGGCGCUCCCGCCGGCCGGCUACUGUGCGCGGGCCCACCUCUACCUCCGCCUCGCCGUGCCCCUGUCCUUCGUGCUCAUCCUCGCGGUGCUGCUCCGUGCCCAGCCCCUCCUGGGCGUCCUCCCGCCGCGCCGCCGCCCCAGAUCCAGUUUCUCCCCGCCGCCACCCGCCCUCACCUCUCUUCGAGUCUCUGUCCCCUUCUCAGAUCCAUAGCGCGACAUCUCAGCGCCUGCAGCCCCCCUAGGAGUGGCGGCGGUUCUCCUCGCCACCAAGCCAAGGCGCCUCUUGCUGCCCAACUCGGCAGUGCUCCCUCGCCUAGCAGGUGCGGCGACGACUCCAACACACCAGGCAGCCAGACGUCAGAGGCAGCAGCUUCUGCGCCAGGUGGGCAAGCCAGCAGCCCAUCGUCGCGCGCGCGGGGUGGGGUGCCUCUGCUCCCCAUCGCCGUGCGCAUGGGGGCGGCGCUCCUUCUCCGUCGUCUUCGACACGACUGAACAAGAAGGAAGCGAAGGAAGCUUGAAAAGAGAUGUCAUUGGGCUACGCGGAGAAGCUGUCCUUCAGGGAGGAUGUGGGUACUGUGGGUAUGCCUGAGAUCUUCGACCCACCUGAACUAGUCCAGAAUAAGAUAGAAGAGCUUGCAGUCAUGAUGCAAAAGAGUAAGCAUUUAGUGGUGUUUACCGGAGCAGGGAUAUCAACUUCAUCAGGGAUACCUGAUUUUCGAGGGCCCAAGGGUGUCUGGACCUUGCAGCGUGCAGGCAAAGGUAUUCCUAAUGCAUCGCUGCCUUUCCAUCGAGCUGUUCCAAGCUUGACCCAUAUGGCACUAGUUGAAUUGGAAAGAGCAGGAAUUCUGAAGUUCAUCAUAAGCCAGAACGUUGACAGUCUACAUCUCCGUUCUGGAUUUCCAAGGGCGAAGUUGUCUGAAUUACAUGGAAAUUCUUUCAAGGAGAUCUGCCCAUGCUGUAAAACUGAGUACCUUCGUGAUUUUGAGAUUGAGACAAUAGGGCUGAAGGAUACUCCGAGGCGUUGUUCUGACAAGAAUUGUGGAGCUAGAUUGAAAGAUACAGUUCUUGACUGGGAAGAUGCUUUACCCCUUGAGGAGAUGAACUCUGCCAAGGAGCAUUGUCGAUCAGCUGAUCUUGUCCUUUGUCUAGGAACUAGCUUGCAAAUUACUCCUGCAUGUAAUAUGCCUCUGAUGUCAAUCAAGAACGGUGGGAGGGUGGCUAUUGUAAAUCUUCAGGCAACUCCAAAGGAUAAAAAAGCAAGCCUUGUCAUCCAUGGACUUGUAGAUGAGGUAAUUGCUGGAGUCAUGAGCAAGUUGAAUCUGCGAAUUCCUCCAUAUAUACGAACUGACCUUGUUCAGCUCACUCUCCGGCAUUCACUAAAAAAGAAAUGUGUUAGAUGGACUCUCCGAGUAACCAGUAUUCAUGGCCUCCGAGCACCAUUGCCAUUUAUUCAGUCAAUUGAGGUUUCCUUUCCAGAAAGACCUGACAUGAAGCCUGUAGUGCUUAGGGAGCAACCAUUUUCUUUGCAGAGGGAAACAUCCAUGAAUAGAUCAUUUUUCAUGCUGCUGAAAUUGAACUUCAGUGAUGGCUGCAGCUGCUUGAGCUCAGCAAUUGGAUGGCAUGUUGAUUUUCAGGUGAGUAGAAGCAAAAAGGCAGCUUUGUCAGAGAUAGAACUCUAGUCACACGGGAGUUGCAAUGUGCUGCGGAGCAUGAGUCUUGCGCUGGGCAACAAGAGAUUCUCGAAAGGGAGUGCUCGCCAAGAGCUGAGACCGCUAUUCAUGCAAUCGUAACAAACAUUGUUAGUUACGACAUGGGAGAUGACAAGGUUCGACUACCCAGGGACACCGGAAUGAACUGUGGCAGCAGCAACCCCGCCAAACGGAACAUGGAAGGCACUGGUUGCCAUCUGGCAGCGCCGAAGAAGCUAAAGUAUUUAUUUCUGAAAGAUGAGAAGCUAAACUGCUAGAAAGGUGAAGGCAUGCGUAGAACAUGGAUCUUUGUUUUGGUUGUUAGACUAGAUAACAUAGAUGCAUGAGAAGUUGACGUGCAAAGUGUAGAUUAAGAAAAGGCUGAACAGCUCUUUUGUUGCAUAGGAAAGUUGACAGACCUUUUGUAUGAUACAACUAGGUUAGCUACCUCAUGUUGGGGAGUCGCAAAUAUUAAGAGUAGCAUGUAGGGAUGACCGGAUGAAGUCCCACCUUUUGGGUUAUUGGAUCGACCUAAAAUUUGAUAAAAUGAACUAGAAUGAUAUGCUACGUAAUUAGUUUGAGAGA